UAACGUGUGGUUUAUCUCAGAACUCUAUCCAUAUCACACACGGGCUCAACAACACCCCAACCUCCCCUCUACCGUCCAAGAAACACCAAUGGCGAUCGCCAAUCAACUCCUCCGCCUACAACGCACCCACACACCCACACCCAACUUCUCACCCUCUUCUCCGUCUCAUCACCCCUCCAUUGCCUCUCUCUUGAUCUCCAACAGAACGCCAUCAUCAAACAAGCCUCACACAAUCUCCAGGCACAGGUGUGCACCAUCCGUGAAGCCCAAAGCUUCAUCAAACAGCGGCGGCAUCGUGCCGGCUGAUGACGAGGAUGGUGUAUCUUUAGGGACCAUGAAGUUGGCUGCUAACACUGAUAUUGCAAGGUUCGAGACGUUACUCUUUCAGUGGGCUAAUAGUUUGUGUCAAGGAGCCAAUUUGCCGCUUCCAGUCCCUCUAAAGGUAGACAAAGUACAAGGAGGAGCCAGGCUAGGUUUCAUAUCAGUAGAAGAUGGAAAAACAUCGGUAUUGGUGUAUAUCGACUGCCUCGUUUUUCCUGCAAAUAAUCUCGCAGGGCCGCUCUUCAGAGCCAUAAGGAAUGGUCCUUUGAAAGAUAAGGCAGCGCCUGGCGAACCAAGAAUCAUGAGAAGUCUUCUUCAAGCACUUCAAAAAUCUUCAGAAAUUGCCAAGAUUUAGUAUAUAUUCUGCAUUUUUGUCUUUUUUAUUUUGUGUAUGACCAAUUGAAAAUUAAGUUUUGUCCGUAAGAGUAUAAGGCCAAGGCCAAAUUGACAACUCCUCAAGGGCGAAACAACAGGGAUAUUAAUUGUCUAGGUUCUAUGCAUGAAUUUGUACAUGUUUGGAGUUUUUCUAUGUUGCGGACAGGUUAGGAUUUGUAUUCAACAUAACAUAGGCAAUAUAUUCUACAAUAAGUAA